CUCAGUCGCUAGCUGGACGUGAUGUUGGCCGGAACGGCACCACGGAAAAUAGAAACAAGCCGAACAGUCUUAACAAUCAGUCCCGAGACGACAACACCAGUCCAGUAACAAGUGUGGCCUGGAGGCAGUACUUUUUUAGCCGCUGAAACAACAAGUACCUAACCGAACCGAGCUAAACAGAACUUUCCUUUUUUCCGUUCGCCGUUCGCCGUUUGCCGUUCGCCGUGUGUGUGUGGCCCGCUUACAUACGGCUGUGCGUGUGUUCCGUGUGUGUGCACUGGGUGUGCGUGUGUGUUGUGUAGAUGCAAAUCAGAGCGCAGCACACCUGAAAAGUAUGCUUUAAAUGUUAACUAUCGCGAGCCCCGUUGAAGUUGUGUAUUCGAGACUCGUUACUCGUAGCUCGUAGCUCGUAACUCGUGCCCCGCGCAACCUGUAACUCUGGAAAGUUUUUAUUUGAUCGUCCGGUACAUUUACAUAAGUGAACUUUGGCAUGCGCCAGGAUAUAAAACCAGCAACGCCACUGACGACGACGACGACGACGAAUGCGACUACGUUUGCACUGAAUAAUUAAUGCAAUCAGGCAAUUUGAACCCGUUUUAGUCUGAAGUUCUGGGUGUGAGCUUGGGUUAGCAUGGUUUCAAAGCAUCUAAGUAUAAUAAGCGCCUUGUAAGACUCGAAAGUAAGGCCAAACCAAAUCCAACCAAACCCAAAACAGAAACGGGACCAGGAACAGGGAAAGAAGGAACGAGGGAACGAAGGAAGGAAGGAAGAAAAACUUUAUUUUUCGAUACUAUACUACAUACUAUAUACUACGCCACUAUACAGAAGAUACCUAUAUCUAUCUAGCGCUAACUGACCACACAUAUUCCAAUCAUAAAUUAACGUGAUAAAAAUUCUUAGCUGCUGAAAGCCCAUUUCAAUUUUCGCACAGCCCCCACACCACAGAGGGGCAAGGGGAAUACACGAGAGAACGGAGAGCGAAACCGAGAGGAGAGGGUGAGGGAGAGAGAGAAAAUUGUCUGCAGACCAAGCAACAAAUUACUAAUAAUUUUCACAUUUAAACGACAACAAAGCAGACAAACAAACGACAAAACAUACAUAUGCUGAAAAUCGAGGCAACCCAUACAAACAGACACGUAUAUGUAGAUCUCCGUACGGUUGCUUGCUGGUGUGAGCAGACAGUUUGGCAAAACAUAUUUCGAUUCAAAAAAUAAACCAAAUUGAACUGGACAGAGCUUCGACACGAAAACUAAACAGCCUGCCAAGUGUCCCGCUGUCGAAAUUCACACGGUGAAGGCAGCAGAGAUAAGAGCCUCGAAGGGGAAAGAAGGGCCCCAACAGGUUGUUGGUGGCAGACGGCGCUUCAGCGGAUCCACUACCAUUGAAAGAUGCGAUCCAAGAAAAGCGCAAAGAAAAACACUUGCAAAAAUUAGCAGCAGCGCCGGCUGUGGCAGCGGCAUCGGUAGUAGCAGCAGCAGCUGGCUGACGGACACCGGCAGCGGUCGGGAGGAGGCCGUGCAUCUAUAAAUAGGGAUCGAACACUUUGUGCGCGUGACAGCUGUGAAAGCGGCGGGGGGCCGGCGGCAGUGACAGUGGCAGUGGCAGCCGCAGCGAUGGCAACUAUGACGUCAUUGGCUGGAUAAGUGAUUGCGUUCGGUUCGGCAACGUCACGGAUGCGGUAUAAACUGGUCCGGCCAGGCCAAUAAACCACAUAUCGCGUAUACGCCGCGUGAACCUGGCAUAAUGAGAGCGCCAGACAAACGGAAGGAAAAUGAACGGCAAGCAACAGCAACAGCAACAGAGUCAUCCAAAGCAGCAACGGCAGCAACGGCAGCAAUAGCAGCAUGCAAAGAGGCAGCAGCAUCGAUAACAUUAGCAUCAGCAGCUGAGCAGCCAUGAGAAUCGCGAGAAAGCACAGCAAGAAGAAGGAGAGCCGUGGCGAAAAAGACAAAAGUUGCGAAAAUAAUUCGGUGCUCACAGCUGCUCUAGAAUCAGUCUAAAUUCGUCGUCGAUCGGCAGAAACGAGUGUUGUUGUGGUUCCACAAGUCCACAAAAGCGCGCGCGCUUGUAUCUGUGUGUGUGUGUGUUUGUGCGUGUGUGUGUGUAUGAACAGAGGAAACGGAAGUGGAAGUCGAACCGAAAGCGGGAUUGAAAGUAGCAGCAGCUGAAACGACUCAAACGAGCAUUCUCGAGCAACGACACUAAGCCCCAGCUGAAAAAUAAAUCACCAAUUGAAUCAAACCAAAAGCCUGCAGAGAAUUGUGCGUAGAGCGUAAGCUUUGAGCAAACAAACAAAAAGCUACCUUUCUAGUGCUUCAAUUAAAUUCUUAAACAGAACAGAACCCAGAAAUGCCGACCAAAGGACAACAAACCCCUUCCAUUGUGAUGUCUUAGCCAUAGCGAUAACGAAUCCAGUCCUCAAGCAUCGGAAGCAUGCAGCGAUCCAAAUGACAGCGCGACCCGUGGAAUAAAACUAAUUUGAACUCUCUUUGUGAUAGCCCCACGCUGUGGAAAGUACGUUUACCUAGCCCCUAGUUAGAUACUAUUCUAUAUAUGAUUUUUUUGGUGACUCUCCUUACUGAGAAAACCCACGUAAAGACAGAAUAACUGAAGAAACCCCCACAAAAGACAGGACAGCCCGUAACGUAACCAAAACCCAACUAAAUCCGGAACGAACUCUUCCGAACCCUUGAGCUCCGAGUAUACAGUACGUGUAAUGUUUUCUGUACCGAUCCCAAUACGAUCCGAGAACUAGCUGAGAUAUACUUAGCGCAGUGUCACCAUGUCACAUGGGGGCCGUAAGGAAUGUACGUAAUAUAUCCCGCCGAUGAGCUCAUCUUGAUGACAUAUGGUUUCUUUGCGCCACGUGUGAAACCGCGACCCUCACUCGACUGCCUCCGAGAGCCGCUCGUCCCCAUCGAGUACCCAGAGAGAGGUGCCACUACGACCACAGCCGCAGCCGCAACCACAACCAAAAACUCAACCGCUGCCACAACCAGCAGCAGAGCCACCGCCUUCACCCCCACUCCGUUUCCGUUCGAAGAUCCGCCUGCCAGUCCAUCCAUAGGCAUCAACCAAUAUCCGCAGCCACUGUUACCGGCGCCAGCACCAGCACUAGCACCGGUCGCACCUGUUCACACCAGCUUUUUCAGCUUUGAGGAGCAAUCAGCCCUGGUCCAGAGUCCUCCGCAGUCCCAGAGCCUGCCGCCCACGCCCACACGUCGAGCAUCGCGCUCCUCGCUGACCCACUCGAACCACAGCCACAGCUCCGUCAAGCGGGCCAGCGUGAGGAGCGGACGCCUGCCGCCUGCGUCCAUGUAUAAUGAUGCCAGCCAGAUGCAGGGGAACAGCGCCACUGGACCAGGACGAGCACCAUUCCAGCGCAGCAGCGCAGCUUAUGACGACGAGGCGGGAGCCCUUGGCGGUGGCCUAGACUAUGGCGCUGGUCAGUUGGUCAGUCGGUCGCGGAGUCCCAGCAUCUUCUUGGAACCACCCACACCCUCGCCAGAUCCCACACAUGCCCACUUCGGACCCGGCUGGGGCCGGCCCAUGUCGCCCAUGGAUCUUCCGCCCGAGAAGUCGCCAAGCAGCGGCCUGGGACCCGGGGUCAGUUCUGGUAGGUCUCCAACGAGCAAGUCCCGGCUGCGACCCAAGCUCCACCUGCCUCUGGGGCGGCUGGGCCGCUCCACGUCCUCGGACACGCGGGAGAGCAACCGAUUACGUGAGGACGUUCACGUGCAUGUGGAGAACCCGGUGUUCAGCAGCGAGAACCUGCGCCAGAACAACUUCGAUGCAUUCUUUGAGGCCCGCGAGCCCGUCAUUAAGCUCCAGCCGCGCACCCCCAACUCGGCACCAGCGGAGGGGGGCCGUGGCUACUCGCCGCCACUGGAGGGCCGCGCGGGUGUCUACGACUCGCCCCGGACGAGGAGUCCCGCUGGAAAGGCGGGGGGUGGCGGUGGCCUCUUUGCCCGUUCCCCGCGUGAGGAUCGCGAUCGCAUGGCCAACGCUCGUACUCGCAGUGCGGAUCAGUACGAUGGGGCAAAAGCAGGGGGAGCGGGUGCUGGUGCGGGUGCUGUGGAAAGGGGAUCCAACUCUGCAGGCGGUGGCGGCGGCGGUGGUUCGGCCGGAGCGCACUCCAAAGGUGACAGAUUCUUCGGUAAAAUCUUCAAGUGGUCGAAGAAAUCGUAAGUUCUUCGGGUGGAGGGGGCCACGAGGUGGUUCCCUUAGCCCCCGGGCCGGCGGCAGCAUGGCGUCUUACGGCGGCGUGCUCAAGGACUACAGCCACAGCAGCUUGAACGAGGCUUUCAAGU